GAAAGAAAGAAAGAAAAAGAAUUAGAGCCGCAAAUGGGGAAAUCAUCGCCUGUGAAGCAAGCGGCGGUAGUUGUAGGGGCAAUAGCUUUUGGGUGGAUGGCCAUAGAGAUGGCCUUUAAGCCUCUAUUGGACAAGGCCCGUGCCUCCACAGACAAAACCGACCCUGGCCGCGAUCUCGAUGACGUCGCCGCUGCGUCCAAAGACGAUUCCAGCGCCGCCUCCGCCUCCGCCGAGGCUUCUGAUAGGAAGCCUGUUUCUUACGCCGAUGCCGUUGCCAAAAACGCAGCUGGAGCAAGUUAGGAACAAAACAUCCGGGAGUAGGUUACUUUUUUUUUAUGGUUGAUGUUUUGGAUAAUUAUUUUCCAGAUCUUGAUGUUUUCUAGCUUAGCUUCAAGAAGUGAUAUUAGAGUAGCAGCUUUCUGUUUCUAGAACAUGAGAUAAAAUCAUUACCUUUUGCAUUUCAAAUCAGAAUCGAAGCAGAAGCCAGUGUGCUUCUAGUUGAUAGAA